AUGUUAAGACUUAGAUUAUUUGAUGCUUAUGAAAAGAUUUCAAUGACCUUUUUAGGGCCCUUAUACCGUAGAAUUGGUAAGAGCCUUGCCCAAACUGGUCUCAAUAUAUAAUAACCUUAUACUUCUGAUGAUCGUUUAGUGCCUUCUUUGAGAAAUAUUAGAGUUACUAACAAGAUUCCUUCUAUUAAUGAUAGCGAAUUUAUUGCACCAAAUAGCGUAGUUAUUGGUGAUGUUAUUACAAAGGAAGGUUCUUCAAUAUGGUAUGGCGCCACUCUUAGAGGUGAAUUAGGACCUAUUGAAAUUGGCAAAUAAACUGUUAUUUAAGAUUUAGUUAACAUUUAAUCAGGCAAAUAAAAUUAAAAAACUCAAAUUGGAGACAAUGUAUUUAUUGGACCUAACUCUUAUAUCCAAUCUUCUAAGAUUAAUGAUAAUUCUUUCGUUGGUAUGGGUUCCACUGUCUCUACCGGUUGCAAUCUCGCUUCUAACGCCGUUGUUGCUGCUGGUUCAGUUGUUCCUGAAAACACCCAAGUUCCUUCUAACCAAAUUUGGGCUGGUUCUCCUGCUCAAUACUUAAGAGAUAUUACUCCUGAAGAAAGAUAAGUUUUGUAAGAGCAUCACCAAGAAUGUGUCCAAUUAGCUCGUAUUCAUGCUGAAGAAACUGAAAAGAGCUUUAGAGAAGUCCUCAAUGACUUUGAUAGAAUUACAGCUGAAGCUGAAUACGAUCAUGAAUCUUUGGCUUUACAAAAGAUGAGAGACUUAGGUUUCCCCAUGGAAGGUGAAGAAGAAGAAUACAUUGAAUAAAGAGUAUUUAUGAGAGAACAAUUACCACCUCUUGAAAGUGAAUUCUGGAAGAAGAAUUAUGAUCCUUAUGAAUAGGAUUUAUUCCAUUUCCCUGAUAGUUUCAAAGCAUAUCAAUAAUAAUACAAAAGAUACGAUGAAGCUAAAAAAUACUUUGAAGAAAAUCCUAAUGUUGAAGCUACUAUCAUUGAUAGAGAAUUUAAGGAACCAACUAAUAAAAAACCUUGGACAAGAAAAUAUUGA